GGGGAAGGAGAGGACGAUGCGGAGAGUCAAGACGGGUGCGGUGUCUGCCGAGAUGCAGCAGGCUGCCGAUGCAGCGAGGGAAGAACUGGUAAGGACCAUGGAACAUUCGAGUACUGUACAUGCCACGCAUCGCAUCACUGGACAGCUCACACAGAGAUCUCAUCACCUACCUCUGUGUGUGCGUCUGAAUGCAGUUUGAGGACGACGAAGUGAGGGCUUAGCCGCACUCAGGAGGAUGAUUGUUGAAUGGCCACGCACAGAUCUCCUCCCUCUGUGUGUAUGGUGUGGGUGUGCGUGCAUUGCAGGCGCUGCGUGCGUUGCAGCACAUCCUGACAGAGGACGAGAAGAAGCGACUCGACCGCCGGCGGCCGCCCGGCGCAGCACGCCACCCUACCGACGACCUCGCACCUCACUACCUCUCACUCGCAGGACCCGGUGAGGGUCGUGUGCUUGUCCACAACAAACAGACAAACAGUCCCACAUCCUCUCUAUCCGACGGACGGACGGCUGUCUGUCUGUCUGUCUGUCUGUCUGUGUCCAUGUGUGCACAUGUCAGGCAUUGAGUCUGAAGAUGGUGACAGCGAGAUGACUGUGGCUGCCUUCCUGGAGGCCCAGAGGGUGGAGCUGCGGCGGCAGGCCGCUCCCUCACUCACCUGCCAGCCGAUGGCCACACCACCCGUCCCCACACACACACAGGCCAAGGCGGCACCACCACAGCCACCAGCAGCAGCUGCUGCUGCUGCAGCAGGUGGUGGUGGUGGUGACGAGAGCCCUCGUGGCGGUGCCACCGGUGGGGUGGGUGUGAAGAUGGACCACCCGAUGACAGGUGCUGAGGACCACCUUGACAAGCGGCAGGAGGGGGAUGCUGUGGUGCGGGACCCCACAACGGGGACCUUUAUACAGUUCAAGAACAUCCGGUGUGUACGUGAGGAAGGGAGGGACAGACAGAGGGAUGGAGAUGGAAAUGCCGUCACACGUCACCUUACUUACGUGUGUGCGUGUCUGUCCUGUUGUCCUGUUGUGUCAUGUCUCUUCCCUAACAGUCGCUAUCUGACCCACAAGACGGGCCACGGCACGGGGUGCGGCAUCCUGGGGUUCCCCUUUGUGGUCGUCUCCACCAAACAGUCGGACGGCCCACACAUAUACCCAAACAGCCUGCAACUCACCCUCAAAUACAAGGUGGGUAGGUGGGUAGGGGGGCAAUCAAGGCAAUCAAGCGCUGUCUGGGAGUUUCUGUGUGACCAAAUGGGUCGUGUUGGCUGUCUGUCUAUCUGUCUGGCUGUCCGUCUGUGGGCGUGUGUGUGCGCGUGCCAGAUAGAGAAGCACAUGUGUGUGGUGCUGGAGCAGCGGCUGCGCGAGGCCCUCGACGUGCUCCUGCACCUCAGCAGACUCAGGCGCAGGGGACGGCCCAAACCUCUGCAGGCCUUCGCGCGUGGUGUGGGUGGGAGGGGCAAGUCGGUGCCCACCCUCUCCCGCGCAGGGGCGGGUAAGGUGGGCCCCCGGGUGGCCAUGAUGCCCACCAUGUCUGACACAGAGGUGGCCUUCUACGAGACAAACGAAGACAACGGGGGCAAGCAAAUCACACUUGACGACGUCAAACACGCGUACGAUUGCUGGCUGGCUGCACGGGCCCGCCAGACCAGAAUCGACAGCACUGCACUGACUGCACAUGUAUGUGUGGUGUGUUGUCAGGCUGUCGAUGCAGCUGCUGCCGGCUUUGUGUCUGCCUGGCCGGGGGGCCAGCCCACGCAUCAUGUGCCUCGUCAAGGAGCUCGACCAGACACAGCAUAGAGCCACCGACUCGCCAAGUGCCAGCAGCAGCGACCAGCAGCACACGGUGCACCCCGCCAAGGCCCUCCAUGACAAUCCGUUCACCCGCACACCGUUCGAGGGAGACCCCCUCAAACCGUUUGACCUUCCCCCGCCGACCAAGAUGGGCGAGGUGGGUGGUCUUGACACGGACACCGCUCCACAGACACUGCUACUGCUGCCGCGAAAGCGGCGGUACUUGGAGAGCUCUUCCUACGGUCCAUCGAGCCUUCAGGUGUGUGUGUCCGCACGCGUGACUGACACAUACAUACUCGCCCCGCCCACGACGUAUCUAUGUGUGUUGUGUGUGUGUGUGUUAUGUGUGUGUGUGUGUGCAGCUGGGUAAGGACACCAGCGAGCAGGACCACGAUCAGGAUCAGAGUGCGAGUGACGAGAACGAGUCGGGGAGUGCGGCGGCAGACGACGACAUCGAGGAUGGGAUGGCCGAUGAUGAUGGUGAUGGUGGCAGCAGCAGUGCAGCUGCCGCGGAUCAGCGGCCGUUUGUCGGUGCGGGGAGGGGCAAGGAGCGGCCGGGGCAGGGCAGGUAGCUAGCUAGGUGGGUAGGUAGCUGGCUUGAUGUGUUCGAUGGGGGUGGCCUGACUGACCUGGCCUGUCCGGUCCGCCCAUCACACACAUCCGCGUGUGAAGAUCUAUGUAUGUAAUCAAUUGUCG